CUUUGCAGGGAAGGAGUUUCCGAACGGACCUUUUAGAUGCUCUGUUUCAUGACAGCGUAAACAACCAUAGUGAUCGUUUACAUCAUCGAAUUAAGUGCCGAAUUGGCUGAAGGGGGGGUCCUGAGUUUACAACCAAGUUCCGUUCCCACAGCAGCGACGUACGGUAAUUUCGGGUGGAGGGAUGAGUCGCUCCCCUGUGAUUGACACAGAGGUGCCAGAAAUGGCAAAUGGGGUAGCGACACCUCCCUCCUCGGAAAACACUCCUCGUGUCGCAGACUCGUUGAAUUGUGUGCGGCGUAAGGAGAACUUUCCAGAAGAGGGGUCAGAGGAUGCCUCCCACGGACACACAGAAAACCACGUGGGUGCAGAAAUCGGAGUUCAUGAGCGGCGUUGUUUGGACACAGAAAUGGGUCAUUAUUCUCCACAUUCAUCUCAUGAGAUGGACCUCUCCCCCUCUGAGGACACACGCACUGCACACACCGACGACAAUGUCGUCUGUCCUGCGGGCUUGGGCGCUAUGUGGCCUCUGCGGCAGGACCGCUCAGGGAAAGCACUGUCCGAACAUUCGUCUUGGAGAGGACAUCCGAUCGCCACAGACAUGGACAGUGGAGAGGAGGGGAAAGAGAAACAGGAUGAGGAGGAGGAUGAGAAGAAUGACAAGAAAUGGCGCAAUGAGUCCACGGGAGAGAGAAAGGAGCUCGAGUCGUUACGUCACUACUCUUCCUCAGCACCAGGUCCCAGCACCUCCUCCCCACCGCCACCUCCUCUUCUCCCCUCCGACGACACCCCCUGCCCCCCUCACGUCAUGGCCCAGGUGUGGGUCCGCAACGUUCGAGGGAUGCAGGACAGCAAGAGCCUGGAUGAGAUCAGCCAAGCGUGUGGAGGUGGAGCAGGGGCCCGGGGGGCAGGCAGAGGCGGCCAAUCCGAGGGUCGACGGGCAACCAUCUCCUCAGCCCUGGAGCUGGAGGGCACAGUCAGCCAUGAGGGAGACCUCACCAAUUUCAUUACCAAGAACCUGGAGCAGAAGAUCAAGAUGAGCUCAAAGCCCAGUCUGGACUGCAGUGACUCGGAUUGUUCAGGUCCCAUCUACCGUAGCCGAGGGUUGUCACGACGACCGGCAGAUAUUCCGCCCAUUGAUCCGAGCGUCCUUGUUGACCUGCAGAAGCACACUCAAGAAGUGGCACGGAGUGUGGAAGUGAUGAUGCGCAGCCUCAAUGGAACCAUCCAGAAUAUGACGGCUCUGAGCGUGGGCUACAUUCAGACAUACAGAGACUCAGUGGACAGCCUGGGGGAGUCUGUGGACAUGAGUAUUAAGGGCAUGUACACACUGAUGGCGCGUUGUGAGGAGUUGGACCGCUCCAUGCGGCCCAUCGGCAUCCUGGCAGCGCAGAUACGAGACAUCAAGAGGACCUUGGACGCGCUGGAGGCCAUCUGCAAGUAACUCCAGCCACCGUUUGUGCCCUGACACCAAGCAUACCCCGGGGGUUCCACCUUCCUGCGCUCUUUACUACUGGGGUCAUCUUUGCGGAGUACCAGGCAUGCUGGAUUAUUUGGACCUUGCUCGUUAUUUAACGAUAAUCACGUUUGUGUAUCGAACCUGAGACUUUUGAAAAGGAGGAAACGUAUCCGUCCAGUCAGCUUUGUUCAGGUUGCACUAACCUCUCCUUCUCACAUGGAGGGGGGGUGAUGUUUGUCACUUUUGCAAGGACAGUCAUUUUUAUUUUCUUUGGGCUGGGAAGAUUCAAACAAAG